AUGACAUUGAAACCCACUCUUCUAUCCCUGCCGGAGGUUGUCAAAGACCACUUAAUGCAAUAUUUGAAUUAUAUUGAUAUUGCCCGUCUCCGCAAAACUUGCCAUCUCUUCCGUCGAUAUCUCCACCUGAAACUUCCAGAUGCAAACAUUCAUUCCAUUCACGUCUAUCAAAACGAGAAUAGUAUGGAGCUCAACUUUAAAGCAGGACACAAUGAGGAUCUGCUAAAAAUUGAAUAUAAGAAAGUCGACGAAGGAUCUUCCAUUGAAGCAAACUUCCAGCAAGGGGGCACACGAAUUGUUCGAGCAGACGGACGAAAUUAUUUGGAUGUCUUCUGCGAUGACUUCACGAUGCUUCUGAAACACCAAAAAUUAAUUUCCCAUGAAUUGGCCUUCAUUGCUCUGGAAGCUCCUGAAAAGCGUACAGAAUUUUGGGAUAUGAUUCGGAAAGUGAUAACGGACACUGAGGCGACGAGCGGGAAGAAAUUACUGCUCAAGAAAAGAAGUGUCAUUCUUCGAAAUCUGAUGGCACCCGACGUUUUCUCUAUUCUCCCUUAUUUCGACGCAAGUUGCCUACAAAUGAUAAAUAUCACUGGAGAAGAAGGAGUAAUGACACCACUCGAUGGGAUCGUUGAAUUGGAGCACUGGAAUUGUUUGGAGGUGGCGACACUUAACAAUUUCAGUAUUGGGAACGUUCUGCAGAAUAUUACUCACUUGGUCAUGUUCUCCGGUGGUGUCAGAGCAAUUACUGCUCAGGAUGUGCUUGUUUUGAAAAAUAAAAUCCUUCACUCCGACAAUAUGAACUUCUGGCUUCUGAUCCACGAGAAUUUUAACGAAGACCAAAGUCUCUACGAAUUGCUAGGCCCCAUAUUUGUUUUAGAUGAAGAAGGGCAUGUGAAAAAUUGGAAUUUCCGAACCCAAGUGGAAGAUAUUGUGCUGGAAAUUGAGGUUACCAGACAAUUCAUGUGUUUCGAAAUGAUGCCGGUUGGAAAUGUUGUUGAAAAUGCAGUUUUUAUUGAUUAUGUGAAAAUGAAUUCAGAGUCACCAUUGGUGAAGAUGCCGGACGUUGCCAAGAUGAAUCUAGUGGAGUACUUGAAUUAUGUAGACAUCCUCCGCAUCAAAAAGACCUGCCGCACCUUCCGCGACAUGAUCACCGACAAAAAGCCCAUCACCUCCUUCUCCUCCAUUCAAAUCCAUCAGAAAUACUAUCAGAUCGAGUUCAAUCUCAACUCAACCAUCCCCGAAGACUCUGUAAAACUGAAAUACACCGAAACCAAAACCGGGUGCUCAGUGAACGCCAAAUACGACGACGUUGGUCACAGGAGGGUGCUGGAAGAGACAGAUUACAUCGACGCAUUGUGUAAAGAUCUCGCGAAUUUUUUGAAGUACCAGAAAACCGUAACCCCGGAAUUACACCUGCUAAAUGAUGCGCCAGAAAGAAUCGAGCUAUGGCGGAAAAUUCAGAAGACACUCCACGAAACUAGCCAGGAAACCAAAACGAAACUACUUUUCAAAGCCAAAUGCUGCAAAAUCCGGAACCUAGAGGCCCCUGAUAUCCUCGCACUGCUCCCAUACUUUGACUAUAACAUUCUAAGAAAAAUUUCAAUUACGCCUAAAGAAUAUCAAGUAAAUCUCAAUGAAAUUAUCGAUUUACCUCAAUGGAAGCAUGCGACUAGUGCAGUUGUGGAUCAAGUAUGUAUAGAAAACUUGGGCCAGAAUAUUCUUCACAUGAAUAACAUCGCUGGGCAUACUGUAAGACUCACCGAAGAAGAUGUGGUAGUCUUGAAAAAUACCUUCCUGCGCAACCCUCACUUCGAUUACUGUCAGCUAAGCUUCAAGUAUCCAGAAGAUGGGGAUGACAUACUCACACCACUCGGACGGCCCUCUCUCCAUGGCUGUUCUGGUAACCCGGAUCAGAAAACUUGGUUCUUCAGGAGACGGGGAGAAACAGGAUAUGUGCUGUCUGUGGAGUACGAUGGAAUAAUUUUGUUUUAUGAGAAAUUGAAUGUGAAGGAUGUGCCGAAAAAGGCGAAGGUUAUGGAGUAG